AGGCAUGGAGGAAGCCAGCAAGAUCACUAGCUUGGGGCUCGGAUAACUAGCUGCCUGGAGGACAGCUCACCUAAGUUGUCACCUAAGUCCUGAAGGAGGUGUUAGCCUUCUGAAGAAAGACACCAAAGGUGCGCCAGGCAGAGGAUUUCACAAGAGGAUGUCCGGCUUCCAGAUCAACAUCAACCCGCUCAAGGAGCCGCUUGGCUUCAUCAAGGUCCUCGAGUGGAUUGCUUCCAUCUUUACUUUUGCUACCUGUGGAGGUUUUAAGGGCAAAACAGAAAUUCUAGUGCAUUGUCCUCCUGCAGCUGACAAUAAAACUGUUACAGCUACUUUUGGUUAUCCAUUCAGGUUGAAUCAAGCAUCAUUUGAGACACCUCAACAUGUAAAUGUGUGUAAUGUCGAUUGGAAAAUGAAUUACCUCAUAGGAGAUUACUCCUCUUCUGCACAAUUCUAUGUUACGUUUGCAGUCUUUGUGUUCCUGUACUGUAUUGCAGCCCUUCUGCUUUAUGUUGGUUACACAAACCUAUAUCGGGAGAGUCGUAAACUUCCCAUGAUUGAUUUUGUUGUUACUCUUGUUGUCACAUUUUUGUGGUUGGUGAGCACUUCAGCCUGGGCUAAAGCUCUUACAGAUAUUAAAGUAGCUACUGGUCCCAGUAUUGUUCAGCAACUUGAACCUUGUGAGAAGAAGAUGACUUGUUAUUUUGGUGCUGUGACCAGUAUGGGAUCCCUGAAUGUAUCUGUGAUCUUUGGCUUUGUGAAUAUGAUACUUUGGGGAGGAAAUGCUUGGUUUGUGUACAAGGAGACCAGCUUACACAGUCCAUCAAAUACUUCUGCCCCCCAUAACCAAGGAGGUAUUCCACCUCCUGCUGGAAUGUAAUUACAGGGAAAAAUAACACUGUAUGAAAUAUGUCAAUACUAUGACAUGUUACCAACAUCUUGAGAAGCAUUAUUUGUUUCUAAUAAAAGUAAUGGCUUUUUUAAUAAAUUGGUGGGUUUAAAAUUUUGCUGCUUUUUCACAUAAAGCCUGUGCCUUUCCUAGAAAUUUAAGAUGUAAAUGUAUUCUCACAUGUAAAUUUGAAAGUUCUGGGACCUAUUAUGAGAUGUUAUACAUUUUCAAAUGAACAGUAAUUUUUUUACUAAGCUGUUUGCCUUCCAAAGUGUUUACAUCUUAAACUUUAACGUGUAUCUUCACUCAGAAAACAGUUAUAAUGUCGUAAUAGGAAGAAAAAAAUCUUUAUUUGGAAUAUACACUACUGUAAGUUUGUACACAUCAUUUAUCUAAGACCUGUCUAUGAGAAAGCCUUGAUUACUUAAAUUGUAUUUAGAAAAGACACAUUAAGUUCAAAAUUUAUACCUAAUAUUCACGUUACGAAAAAUUUUUAAUUGCAAAGACUUGGUAUAUGUUUUAUUUGUUUUUCUAAAUGACCUACUGUACUUAAUAGGUGUACUAAAAUUGUGUUGGGAGCAGGGAUUUGGAAAUUAGAUGUGUAGUUAAUUUAGUAAUUUUGUUCUAUUAUGCUGGUAGUUUCAUAGACUUGCUAUAUAAGCAGAAAGAGCAUGGUUCAGCUAGAUAUUUUUAUAUGUAUGGGCAUUACUUUUAGUGAUAUUUGUUGGGUAUCCUUUUUUGCUCAUGUUAUCUAAGCACAGGCUGAGACCUAGUCUUCUUGUGAGUAAAGUAAAAUAAUUCACCUUUUCAUGUAGACCCUAUUCAGUGGGUUAAAAAAUUAAGAUUGCCUUUUACUUUUAAAAACUUACCUGCCUUUUAGAGUCAAUGAAGUUGCUAUUUUGAGUUUACCAUUGUGAAAAUAAAUGCAAUUCGGAUUUCAUGUUUCUUAAUGUUCAUUCUUAUUUCACAAAUGAGUGAUUAAGGAAUUAUGCAUCAUAAAAGAACCUUAAUUGAGCUAUAUUAUGGGGUUUAUUGUCUUACACACACAUUUAAAUAUAUUCUAAAUGCAGGGCUUAUUCAUAUUUUACUUCCUAAUCUUUUUGUUGUACAGAAAUCCAGAUUUCUUAUUCUUACAACAUGACUGUUUAUAUGUGAAGCACAUACUGCUUAUUUUUGUUGCUUUUAUUCAUGACAAGAAUUAUCAAUAUAAGAAUGUAUCUUUUUUGCAACCAACUUAAUAAAGAAAUCAAAAGAAA